AUGAGGCGGCUUAUUUUUGUAGCGAUUUAUUUUGUAUUUUCUUUUUACCAGGUAAGAUACUCAUUAAUUCUCAUUUAGCAGUACAUUGUAAUUAGUGAAAAUUACCCAAGGCUAUGAAGAGCGUCUCUAGCCUUCGAAGUGUUCUGUCCCCACUGGCACAUCCCAAUAAUGCGAUUUAACAAACGUAAUGUCUAAUAGUCUAUUUGAAACCUAAAUAUAUCUCUAAAUAUUUCGGAUUUUAGUGUAGUGUUAUGGCUAUUGGGUAGCCAAUCAAGCAGGAGUAUACGUUCAAUGUGAAAAUUCUGUUCUCAAUCAAUAUAGAUGAGACAAAACUCGAGUACAGUACUAAACAGAUGUUAAAGGGGAAAAAGGGACACGUUAUUCCACUUAUCUAUUCCAUUUCUUCCCCUCUUGAAUUAUUUUAGCCGACAAUUUCUUUGAAGCAAGAAUUGCAUGCGACGCUUUCAAACAGUGAAAUGAGGACAUAUUUACAGGCGGAUUCCCAGGAGGAAGGUGAGAGCCUGAAAACAAAAGAAAGCGGGGUCUGAAACAUAAGAACGAUUUAGCAUCUUUCACUGUCUCGGUUAACGGCACACGCUAGAAUGAAAUUGGCUAUUUCUCAGACUAGGAAGGGUGCGCAGAUGAAACUGAGCGAGAAGAAUUCUUCUGACAUGAAAGUACGCAAAGGAAGGUUAAUGGUCACGUGAUACAACGGUUACUUUUGUCGUUUUCGUGAGAUCUCUGUGUUGUCGCGGCCACAUCACUGCUGAUUCCGUGACAAAAUUUUGCUUCAAAAACAAAAAUGUUAUAAACUUUAAAUCAUGUUUUAUGUUUAUAAUAUGCGAUACACACUUUUGCGUCGAGAGAUGGAGGGAGUGAGAGUUAGAAACGAGGUGAGGCAAAAUGACGAACAAGGCAAUGACUCAAUCAAAGUCCUCCUACAAGCUAAACCACAUUGUUUAAGUUUAUGGAUUUCAUCAACUACAAAUACAUAAAACAUCAUUCUAUUUUUGCGAUUUUUUAGUUCCAGAAUACAACGUGAUUAAAGUCAGUCGUCAAAGGAACAAAAGGAGCGACCAGCCCAGCCAGAAGAGAUUUAGCUUGUCAGCUUUUGGGAAAGAUAUAGAACUACUGGUAGAACCAAAUAACGAUGUCGUUGAUACUGACCAAGGACUGUCUGUUGAGAGGAGGACAGUUGGAGGAACGCUCGAAAAGGAAAUUCAUUUUCCCAAAGGAAGAUUUUAUGUCGGUCAUAUAGCUUCUGAUCCAAAUGCCCAUGUAGCCGUGCGGGAAAUCGACGAAGAAAAAGGACACUUGGUAAGGAAAUAAGUAGUGUUACUAUGACAACAAUUGCAACAAAUUCAACGCUUACUCUGAAACUAUCAUAUCAUUAAAGCAUUUUUGAAAUCAUUCAGUGAUUUAUCGCCGCGUCAAUCAUCUGUCGAGAGCUUUUGUCUAUACCACUAUGGACUUGAUGGUUUUGGUUUUGUUCCUUUCUCGGACUUGCGUGUGAUUUUCUAAGAAUUUCACCAAAAAUACCGUAAAAUUCCGAAAAUAAGCCCCUGGGGUUAUAUUUUUCAAAGGCCCUUUUUGAGGGCCUUAUAGUUAAAAGUAAAUUUACUGUUUUUGCUUUGUUUUACUUUGUAUUUGAGGGCAAUUUUCUAAGUACAAGCCCCCGGGGGCUUAUAUUUGGAGGGCCGAUUUAACGGAAGGUUUUUUGCGUUACCGGUUUGGCGGGCUUAUAUUUGGAGGGGCUUAUACAUGGAGGGACUUAUUUUCGGAAUUUUACGGUAUAUGGAAGUUUACAACUUUCCAUUUUCUUGUAAAAACCAAAAAGAAUACAAAGCGUAUCUGAGGUGUUUUCCCACUGCUGAUGGUCUUUGCGAGGUUAAUGACCAGACUGGUGGAGGGGCCAGCUUUCGAUGCGGGCUCUUGUUUUCCUUACUUCAGUGUUAUAUCCACCUUAAUCGUUGCAAAUUAAAACGUUUUUAUUAUUUUCAGCUAUUUUUACAGCACUAUCCACCUAAUACUUUUUCUCUUUCAGAGUGGCGCUUUUAUGAGUGACGGGCGUUUUUACCAAAUUGAACCACUGCCAGAUCAUCUUCACCAACGCACUGCUCUGCAAGAGACUGGGCACCAUGUAAUAACUAGAAGAAGUAUGAAUAGCCUUAUGAAAGAACGAAUCAAGUCCGUUCCGGUUAAAGGUAUAAUGUUAGGCUGCUUGGAAAAACGAAAUGAUCGAUGUAAUUAAGUGUGUUUCCUGUAGUUAUCUGUAGUAUUUCAUUACUACAUGCUUUUUAAAUCUUUGUAUUGUUUUGUUUCUUUGUUUACUAUCUCCAGUCCCAGGAUUUGAACAUAGUUACAAAAGGAGCGUCGAUAAAAUAAAACUAGACGAUGACUAUAGUCAAGACAGCAGCUACAACGGAACUGUUUACAUUGAAGCUAUGUUGACAGCGGACAUAACAACCUGUAAUUACUAUGGCAACGGCACCCUCGAUUACCUCCUUAACACGGCAAAUCUGGUUAGAAACAAAGAAACUCAUUUCCUUCAGUUAUAGCGUUCUUUACCAUACAUACGUGCUUUCAAUUUUGGGUCACCGUCAAAACGAUUUCCGUUCAUGUCAAAACCGUUGCACUAAAAUAACCAAAGUUUCGGCUGAUUGAUCUAGUCCCUAAGUUGUGGCAUUUGAUCAAUUAAGUUGGAACGGCUUAGAACGCGGUUUUGUUUAACACCGUCUAAACUACUAGCAGGCAUUUGGUGUUCAACGAUAUCUUCGUCACUGACACUAAUAAGGAUCGAAGUUAUGGAAACCGAGGGUUUAAGCGAGUUUGUCCUCCAAGAAUUUAGACAGCCUGCUAGCAAUGAUAAUGCUGGCUUUUCCAGCAAGAGAGUUUGAAGCCUAGACGAGGGAGCCCAUUUAUUAACUUAAAACACGCUCCCUUCAAAAACUCAGAUUAGGUGUUUCACUGAGCGGUAUUAACUUCGGACUUCGUUUUGAAAAAAACUGCUCAUCUGACAUUCUUACUUUCUCGUAAUUAUCUUUAGGUGAGCAGGCUCUACAAGGAUAAAUCACUGGGAAUGAAUGUAUCGUGGGUACUGGUCAAAGUUUUCCUCUUGGAAGGAUUUGAUGUAAGUUAAGUGACACGAAAUACUUUCCAUGCAAAAAGAAGAAAAAAUGUCAUUAUUAAAGUCAAAUGAAGGAAUGUCAACUUUUCAGACUCGUUGGAUAGAACAACAGGCAAAGAAAAAGAAAAUCGUACAGUCGAGUUUGCUGGGAUCAGUUGUCUUCAAAGGCUGAUGAUCCUAAACCUGGGGUUAACUUUUAAUCCAGGUUUCCGCGUUUUUGGCAUUAUUAACAAAAUGAAUUAGACAUCGGUGACAUGGCCCCUUUUCGUGUAAAUUCAUGCAUGGUUGUUUCGUCCUCAGCCGGACAUGGAUCUUACAGCGAACCAGGUUACGUCAGCAGGAAAGUAUAUUGGAACAUUUAGACGAUGGAGCCAAAAGAAGAAUACACCAGACGGAACAGAGGGACAUUUUGAUCAAGCCGCUUUGCUAACAAGGUAAGAUAUCGUUCCUUAUUUGACCGUCACUUGUCAGUUCAAAAUUGUUUGCAUGACUACUUAAUAUUAUUAAGCCCUUAAAAUGUUUGAUGCUUUUGAUGUUAUUGAAUUUUGUAGGAGAAUCUGUGGCCUACGUGACUGCUACAUUGAUGGUAAGAGCCUAGAACGACUAGAUAAUCAGUGAGCAUGCGCUAUUGACCCAGCCUGCGGUCAAAAUGGCGGGAAAUUGGCCAUGUUGGUUUUUGCGUAUUUAUGGACCGAAACGAAGUUAGGUUGUUAAUUUCUAUGAAGGAAAUUACAGUCUGUACUUUUUGUAAAUCUGUUACGUUUUGUAUGAAUUAAAGUAACACUUUUUUAUGUGUAAAAUUACAGCUUGUUACAUCAUUUUCUGGUAAUUAUUAGCAUAUAGAUUUGCACAUCUCUGAGUCAGUCUCUUUGGUUAAAAUAUUUAUCAUAAUUUAACUGUAACUCGGAUAUAAGCGGGAUCUUGCGUGGCUAUACACUAGAUUCUGGUCUGCUGCACAGCCGCUCUUUGUGCCGUCACGUCACGCAAUGCUCCUCCCUUGUUGGGGAGGAGCGUUGCGUGACGUGACAAAAACGGGUGCGUGGGAGACUAAACAGGUUCUUAUAUUUUGGGGAACUAAAGUGGCAAAUUUGUGCCAGCGAUUUUUAAACAACUAGGUUCUAAAGAGCGUGUUUUUACUGUAUUCCACCUCUAUUUUCCCCGUUAGGUCUCGCCUACUUUAACACACCGUGCAGUUCUAAGUAUGGAGUUAGCGUGAAUGAGGCACGUGGUUUAACUGCAGCGUUCACAGUGGCACAUGAAAUGGGACACAAGUAAGCCGCUCAUUUGAAAAUUUACUUUCAUUUUUUGGUCUUUUAGUAGUGAUGGUGGAAUCCGCAACCUUUUCACUAAACUUAUAAACCCUUAAUUGAGGACACUUUCGUUUAUGGCUUACCACCUGAAUACGUUUUCAACGGAGUUUUCGUGAACGAGUAAAUAGUGUGCCGAUAGCUGUGAACUUAUGGUUGAGUUAGUGUGCGUUUACCAGGUUUCUGUCGGAUUCGUCUGUUUUCGGAACUAAACUCGUGCGGACUCAAAAAUAGAUGAACAAAAAUGGGGCCGAUUAGAAAGAUUAUCAGGUCUCAUUUUUAAUAAAACAUCUAAGACGUGAUUUGCUAGCGCGAUCUUUCACAGCAUCACCGAAAUAGGAUCGCGUGGCAUUGUGGGAAGCUAAUCGUCCCUCCUCUGCAAGAUUAAUUCGUCAUAUAUAAGGCUAUGAUAACCUCAUGCACGGUUUUUGUGUUUGUUUUCUUAGCAUCGGUCUGCCACAUGAUAAAGGUGAAUGUGCGAAAGGGGACAUCAUGAACAGCGUCCAGGCUUCUGGGCCCAACGCCUUCCAAUGGUCUCGUUGCAGCAGAGCAAAACUUCAGAAGAUCUUUACGUAGGUUCCAAACAACUUUCUAUCACUGCCAUUAGAAACUGUUCAAUAUCUGGUUGACAAUAGAUUGCAGAUUUACCACAAAACUAGCAUAUAAAAUUUUGGUCGUUUCUUGCCAGGUCACUCGCGUGUUUUCACAACAAGCCUCCGAGGAGCCUUCCCAGCCCCUCUCUUCCACCAGGAUACGUCGAUAACAUCGACAAGCAGUGUCAGCUGGCCUACGGGGAAGAAUAUAAAGCUUGUCCAUCACUUACAGUAAGUAUGACAACGCGCUAUCGAAUGAAGACGAAACGACGUAGCAUGGGAAGUGAAGUCUACACAAGGGUAUAGUUAAAGCGUUUGUCAGCUCUUAACCUCCGAUAACCCUUACAUGCUUUGUGUAAUCCACUGACAAAAAAGAUGGGUCACCUAACUCGUAAGCGCCAGUUUAAACGCAAAAUUUAAGGUUCAUAAAUGAAUGUUGAAGUCCAAAAAAAGCUCCGGAAAAAUUUGGUGAGCGACCCAAAUCUCAUCUUCUGGUGUAUUCGUUAAUGUCCUACCAAAAUGGUCGCGAGCUUUCACAGCCCACGCUGUUUUCCUGUCCAUGUCGUGUGGGUGCACCAGUGUUGACACAUGGUGUUAAUUUUGCUAUAGCAAAAUGCCAAAAAGUCUAAUGGAGUUAUUCCAAUAAAUAAAAAAAACCCAACGUGUAGGAGUGCGUAUUUUUGUUUACCAUGUUAGAAACGUCUGCAAGCAUAAUCUCUCUUCUACAGGAGUCUUAUCUGUCACUCUAGGAAAGCUGCGGUGCUUUGUAUUGCUCAGCUGGAAGCAGCUGUUACAGCAGAGGAGCUCCAGUUGCAGAGGGAACUGCAUGCGGGUAUAGAAAGGUAAGUGUGAUGUAUUCUCAAAUAUGACAGAAACUUAAAAGACACUCCACAGUAGGCUCGGUUUCUUGGUUUUCUUAGUUUCAAAGCGGACCUAGUUCUAAAACAAGCCAAACCUUAAUAAAAUAAAUUUGAGACAGGCUCUCUUAUAGGAAUUCACUCUCGCCUCCUGUUCCUCUUUGCCUCUGGGGGCGUUACGCGCGAGGACAGACCCCACCGGUUUAGGAGGACUGGCUGAGAAUGACAUGAACUGGAAACGAGUUCCCUAAAACAUUUUUUGUUAUUAUUUUCUUUUUUUUAAGUGGUGCAUGGCAGGAACAUGCACACAGGUUGGAACUAGUCUACCUCCGCCAGUUGAUGGUAACUGGGGACCCUGGGGUUCAUACGGCGCAUGCACAAGGACGUGUGGUGGAGGGGUAAAAUACAGAAGUCGACAAUGUGACAAUCCAAGGCAAGCCCUGUGUGUUUGGGUAUUUUGUGUAUCGUAUUUAAGUCUAGAAAUUGUUUUAAGUGUCAACAAACUUAAUUUUAACAUGAGUGAUUUCUUUUAGGCCUCAUUACUUUGGCAAAGAUUGCAUAGGAUCAAGCAAAGGACAUUUUGAAAUUUGUAAAACGGAGGUUUGAAAAAGUUAAAUGUUGUUCGUUGGAAACAUUAACAAGGUUUAUCUAUAAAUCUGGUGAAGUGUAGCUAUUGUCCACACGAUUCUGAAAACAACAGCCAUUCUUGUAAUUUACACUUGUAAAGCUUAAUUGAAUUGAUUGCCGGUAGACCACUUCAUAACCAUGAACCAUCAAGUGUAGGGUCAUGAAAGGUUUGUAAAGUCAUUUCAUACCACUUGUUUCGCGGUUUUUCAUAUCAUUAAACAGUGAUUAAAUGAUGUCAUGAAUCUGUCCCAGUCUACUGCGCAAUUUUGUACCAGCACCGAAAGUUAUACUUGACGAUGUUACAAGGCUAAAGGUCACAGAAACUGUUAUCCGGACAUCAUGAAAAAUAUCUGGAACAUUCAAUUUUUGUAAUCAUUUCUAUAUUUCCAGGAAUGUGCUGUUGACCGUUUUCGACAGGAGCAGUGUGAGCAACAUAACAGUGACACUAAGAAAUACCACGCCCACUACCUUUCAGGUAUUGAAAAUAUAGUAUUUAAUAUCACUGAUGUACACAUUAUCAAGGCGUUAUGCAUGAAUUUGACGUUACAUCGUAUGAAGUUUUGUUUAGGGAGCUUAAGCCGGCCAGUGCUUAGAGGAUUUUCAGAGAAACAAAUCAAUCAAUCAAAUGAUCAAACAACUUCCACAUCCUUGAUUAAUUGAUUUUGUCUGCUCUUUAUUUUUUUUCCGGGAUUUGAACACAGACCAAGAUGGUAGCACGGGCGAGUUCUCUCACCAAUGCGCCACCUUGCCCAACACCCACCCCCCAGCCCCCUCCCCACAUACCCAUACGUGAAUGAAGAUGCCAAGAAAUGCAGAAUCUGCGUGAUAUUGUUAGGGUUUCGCUUCUGAUUAAUUACAUCUAAACUGGCAAAAGCAUUCUUUACCAUCCAAAUAGCGCAAUGCGAAAUAACGUUAGAUUCAAGAUGCGCAUUAUUCCGAUAUUCAUCUUUAUUUAAUAUUUAUUUUAUUUUUCCAUUUCUUUAUUUACGGUUAUGUUUUCCUAAAAAUCCCUUUUGAAAUCAAUUUUAUUAGGAGCUCGCAAAUGCACAUUAGCCUGUGUCUCUGGAAACAAGGGGAGUUUCUUUGGCAAUGUAAAGGAUGGUACAAGAUGUACACAAGACCCUCACGACUAUGACGUCUGUAUUGAUGGGAAAUGUCAGGUAAGUACAACAUGGUUUGAUCAAGUCAUUCUGGGCACUUUCUUUAAAUUUGCAAUUAAGCUAGAAAGGAGUGGUCAAGUGCAGCGCCGUAGCUAGUAUGAGGCCAACCGAGGCACUCGCCUAGGUAAAAUUUUGACGAAUUUCGCCGAUCAUUUUUAUUAAUUUUACAUAAGCGAUCAUCGGAUAUUUUUAACGCAUCAUGAUAUUACAAAGAAUUCAGCAAUUCAGUCAAUAUACUAUGAAAAAAUUACCAUAUCAUCGAUCUCAAGGGGCUACGUACGUUAACUCAAAUGAAAACGCUGCAAAUCGCAUUUCCGAGAGACUAAAGUUCAAAAUUUCUCGGGGGGGGGGGGCAUGCCCCCGAACCCCCCUAGCAACUCCCGCCUGCCUCGGUUGGCCGUUUGGUCUGGCUACGGCACUGAAGUGAAUGUAUCGCCGCGGUUUAUAUAAAAGUUUAGUUAACGAAUGUUGUAACCACUUUAAAACACGAGGUGAGUGUUUGGACCUAUACAAACACGAACUUCGAGUACACUGGACGGUCAAAAAGUUCUGCUGGCAUCCAUCCCUGUUUUUCCAAGAGAAUCAGGGGGUAAAAACUCAACCGUGUUCUACAUCUUAAAACACUCUGCAUCUUAUUAAAUAAUCAUGAAUUGAUUUUCUUUUUUUCUUAUAAAUAAGUAAUACCAAGCUCGUAAAUAAGUUAAAUCAUCUUUUCAAUCAAAAUUUGACAUUCAGAUGGUUGGAUGCGAUAAAAAACUGCUAUCCGGGAAGCUGUUAGAUCGAUGCUUAAUUUGUGGAGGAGAUGGAAGUUCCUGUGUUCUGAUAAAAGGACUCUACAACAAGAACUAUCGAGUAUAUGGUAAGAUCAAAAUGGCAUCAAAAGUUAAAACAGGUAACAGGCACGGCAACAACGGCAACAACAAUCCAGAGUCGGAUUUAAACUGACGAAUUGGUUUUGUAAAUAUUAAACUCGCUGAGAAGUGAUAAGCUUAAGAAGCUCAUUGUUGUCUGGAAACAACAACAACAACAACAACAACAAGAAAACAACAACAACAACAUCAAAGAUAAUGAUAAUGAUAAUAAUUAACAAUUAUUCCACCAAUUCGCGUUGGAUAUAAGUUGGCUAAAAUCAUCUCAUAUCCAACAAGCGCGAGUGAAAUAAUUGUUUUAUUAAAAGCGCCCACAAAAUAUCGAAAAUUCUUCCCGACAUUAUUUAUAAAAACAAGCAAUUUUCAGCUUGUUUUUCAAUUUUGAGCAGACGCGUACAGUUGCCAUAUUUGGAGACAAUGGUGUAAUAGCUCAUAUACCAUGAUCACUAAGCCAAUCAGAGCUCUAGAAUUGCAUUAUCCAAUGAUUCAGUUUUUAAUAAUCACAUUUACUCGAUUUCUCAUUGUUAAGGUCGCUAUAAGGGAGACACCAUGUUCGUCAUACCCAAGGGUGCCACAAGAAUCUUCAUUAAAGAGAUCAGCAAGUCAUACAACUUUCUAAGUAUGAACAAUAAAUAUAUAGAUAAAUAAAUAAUUAAUUAGGGACUUGUCCUGUUAGCUAAAGGUUUUUGAUUAGCUUGCUCACAAUAUGCCUCGACGCUCAUCACAUGCGCAGGAAGGCGAAGUAAAAAUUGAAAGGGAAUAAAAAAUAAGGUUUGACUCUAUAUAACAACGAAUACUACAACUUCCUUAUGAGGCUUCAUUUAACUGAUCAAACCAUAAGAUUUCAUCCACAGAUUCAAAAUUUAGAACUGAAUGCUUGAUAAUUAGUACCACGUAGAAGGACUGCUGAAGAGAUCUCAGUUGAAUCCCUUUUGAUGUAAAUUCUUUCGAAUAAUUUCUAUUGUAUUGGCCACCAACAUGGUGGCUAUGUCACGUGGUUGUAAAUAAGAUUUUGAUUCCUGGAGCAAAAGGAUAAAUCUCGACUACAUGCUCCGACUAUUACGAAGCAUACGAAUAUGGUCUUUUAUCUCACGCAUUAUAGGUCUUGUGUCAAACUCAACUGGUAAAUAUUAUGUCCCAGUACCGAGCUGGACAGAAACAUUCAAAGCUGCUGGAACAUCUAUUUAUCACUACAUGAAGACAAUCAUUGAUGCUGAAAUAAUAUCUGCUAGAGGACCAACGAAUGAGGCCCUUCAAGCAAAGGUGAUUUAAAAUAAUGAACUACAUCUCCACCAUAGAAAGCUUGCAAAAAGAAAGAAAGGACGAAGGAAAAAACCUCGAACUUUAAUAAUAAACGCUAUGAAGUUUAGGAACUUCAGGGGAGAAUAUACUGGUGGAGGUGAAGGUGUUAAAACAAGUGUCCUUGCACAACAACGUUUCUCCCCCUGCAUAUACAAUCCUUUUCACCUCGUAUAUAACCUGUGUUCAUCUGCACUAGACAGUGAAUUUCAUUAAAGAUAAAAUGGCAGAUCACCAGUAGUCAUCGGAGCACAACUCUCAACAAAAAAAAGAUAUUAAACGAAUCGAAAUUGCGCGAAGCGAUGCUAAAUUUCACCUACCGCUUCAUCAAAACGCAAUGACAUUGUUUACUGUGCACACUGAAAAAGGCAUUGUUCAAUUACCCACUUCUAAACGGCGGUUUAAGUAUGGCUUCGUUGAAAUCAUUAACAGCAUGUUUAAUUCUAGUUAAAGGAAUUGCUAUGUCAGCUCAUGGUGAAUUGAAUAGCGAUGGAUACAAGCCCACAUUUGUCUAUCAACCAAGUCUAUGUAGGCAGUCAAAGUAGUAUAGUGUGGAUAAUUUGGGUCUCUUUCUCGAUUCGGUCUCUCAUUCUUUUUCAGGAGUAUAUUUACGUUGACUAUUUCACAGACUAGCGUAGCUGUCCACUAUAGUGACAAAAAUAAAUGAAAUGAGAAACUUGUUAAUAGAAUAUAGGGAACGUUGCCAGUGGUGGACUGUUUUGAUAGUUUAGGUUGUGGGCCUACCGCAGAACUCUGCUGCCCUCUCGGUAAGAGGUUUUUGUUUCUUUUAGUUUGUCUAUUCUGGACAACACCGCAACCCAGGGAUUGAAUAUAGUUACUAUAUUCCGGGAAAUGGACCAAGAACAACCUUUGUUUGGAAGCAAAGGAAUGAAGGCAGCUGUAGUGCAACGUGUGCAGGAGGUGAGAAAUGAAUCAGCAUUUGGAAGAAAUUUCGCCAAUUUACUUUAUACUGUUUUUCUGAGCGUUAAAUUUUGUAAGAGAAGGAGAAAGAACAUAAGAUCGCUAGUUUAAUGAAUCAAAUAAAGUUAAUCGAACCCCCGGCCCGAUAAUGAACUGCGAGACUAAUAAUUAACCAGUUCUUCCCCAAAGACCAUGGAACGCUUCGAAUAAGACCGAUCACAACUGUUCACUUUGUUUUUCCAUCUUCCGUGCUUUAACAUUCACGUAAGACCCCUUAGUUUUUUUUGACAUUAAUGUGGUGGAAUUUAGGUUACUUUUUUCGGUUUAAUGCAAGUAAAGUUUUCAUUUACCGAUCUCCAACAACCUUCGUACCUGUUGGUUAAUUUUGAAUGCCGUUAACCUAUUUUGUACUUGACAGAAAAUUAAGAUGGCGCUCAGUUUACUUCCACGUCAUAUAGCAACAUUUACUGUUUUAGUAUUCUUUGAUAGUAUUUUUAAAUUGUUAUUGUAUUUUUCAAUUUGUCAGGAAAUCAACUAAUCAAGGUCUCCUGUCAUCGUCAAGAUGACGAUACCCAAGUAACUCCAAUUUACUGCGACAAAAGCGCGAAGCCAAAGGAAUCUUUACCGUGUAAUAUGGCUCCAUGCCCCAAAGAGUAAGCUCUUGCUUUGCAUGCCAGUUUACGCUAUAAUAUAAUGGCGCUUACUCAGAAGUAACUGCCAUAAAAUAUACUAAUGAAUGGUAUUGACAAUCUAUCGGAUUUUCACCACAUUUUUUCAUAUUUCAAUUGAAUGUACAAUUAAGAGAUUCGUUUUUCUACACCUUUCUCUCAGUAAAAUAGUUAAAUUUGAUAAAAUCCAAUAUUUAGAUUCAUGCGUAUCCUCAGAUUUCAGCUUGGUGUCUGGAGCCCAUGUUCAAAGCAGUGUGGAGGUGGCCAGCAGCAUAGAAACUUGACAUGCGCACAAGUUGUCUCUAAGGACGUCACACGGGUUCUGCCUGAGUCAGAAUGCGCACACCUACCAAGGCCUGCCGGGACACAGGGGUGUGGAAACAAAGAUUGCUUGCCAGAAUGGACAGUCGGAGAGUGGACUCAGGUUUGUAACGGGCCACAAGAAAGAGAGAGAGGCUAGGCACAACUUUCGCAAUUGCUUUUUGGCCUCAAAACAUUUCUAGUCGUAAAAGUGUUGUGUUAAUUGUAGUUUGAUUACUUUAGCUACAAUCAAGAUUUUUCUCCAGAAGAAGAUCAUUAUAGGUAUUUAGCUUGAGGCAGAAAGAAUUGGGCUGCUUCCGAGUUCCAAAAACCCUCAUUUUCAAAAUGAGGCCAAGUGCACAACUUUUAUUGUGAAAAAGAGUUUUAUUUGUAUGGGAAUGAAAAAUCAUUUCAUAUCAAAAGCUCAGCACUUAUAAUAACCUCGUUUUGAUAUAGAGGCUCCAGGGGACACGGAAAUGGCUCAUUAACUCACCCUCCCAAUAAGCACGUUUGUCUUGUGUAAACAGACGACAUCUCGCGACGCCACCACUGUUUUCUCUGUGAAUUGGUUGAAAAUUUGCUUCACCCAAUCAGAAGAUCAGGGUAGUGACGCGUCAUCAGCAUGAAACUUCAGCGUUCGUUCUUCAGACGUCAUUUCGCUGGAAAAUCAGCGGUGGGAUCGCGAAAUGUUGACUGUCUUCAGGAGCCCAUAACCCGGAGCGAGCAACUCCCAUAUACUAGGCCUAUGUCACGGCGUUUUUACGGACCGGUUUAUUUUUAGACACAUUUUAGGGCAAUUUUUCCCGCGAAAAUGGAAUCUCCGCCACGUCUAUGAACGCAUUCGAAGUCUAAGAUAUCAAAAAGGAAAAAGUAACGUCAUUAAAAGGCAACAAUUAUCAUUUUUAGGUCUGUAGGUUUUGCUGACUGGUUUGUGGGACUUUAAAGAUAUUCUAAAUUCGCAUCAAAACCCUUCUAAAAAUAAACUGUCCAUGAAAACGCCGUGACACGAGUACAUUGAAGUUGCUUGCUCCAGGUUAUGGGCUCCUGCUGUUUUCUAAGACUAGCCGUUCUCUACUAAUAUGUGCAUUUCAGUUGGUCAAGACUGCAGCUUAGAUUUUUAGAUAAUUCGAUGAUUUUAAAAGUAUCCAAAAUCAGUAUCAGUAUAAGUUGAACAACCGCAGGUAAAGGUUAAGUACACCUAAAGCGGAGCCUCAUUACUAAGACAAUUUGGUUAUCUAUCCAUCAGAGAAAUUUUGAGAGUCACGUGACGUAAGUCCGUUCGUCCGUCCGCCUGCACCACAGGACAACCAAUGUGAAAUCUCACACUUUUUAGCUACUGUGGAAGCCUGCAACCAUUGCUCACCAUGUUAACUGUGGUCAAUUGAAAGCUGUCAAGUCAGUGUAUCCGCGGACCAGAAUCAGAUGACCUAUUGUUUAAAGUAAAUUAUGAAUUUACUAAAGAGAGCUUCGCUUUUAGCCUUUUAUAAACCUAUACGAUUAUUUCUAACCUCUGUAGUGUUCAGUACCCUGUGGUGGUGGUAAUAAAACUCGUCAAGUGGAGUGUCGAAAAACGUUUGCCAACGGAACAUGGAGUAACGUACCACAUGACCAAUGCAAUGUUAGAACAAGCGAGAAACCACCCACAAGCAUGACAUGUAACUCAAUCCCUUGUUUUAAAUGGAGAGUCGAGUAUCCGUGCCUCAGUUGUGGAGGUAAUUUCAUUAACAUUAUGUUUGUGCUAUAUCGUAUUAUGUGCAGUUUGGCUUUCACAGGUGAUAAGACGGCUUUGUUCCAGGCCGAAUGUACGCUGAAAAUCACAGGUGUAUCAUUUGCUUUUCAGGGACGAGUUUCAGUUAUGCUCCCAUCGGUUGCUUCAAAGACAAGCACAACGGAAUAAGGCCUCUUCCAGAGAUGAUCGGAAAUCAUCGAAACAACAUCGACUGGUACCAUAUGAGAGAAACAGUGAUGAAAUGCGCUAAGGACGCUUGGGCCAAGAACUACAUCGUGUUUGGAGUUCAGUUUUACGGAGAAUGCUGGUCUGGAGCGUCAAGCUACAAGACGUACGACAAAGACGGCCUCAAUAAAAUAGGGUGCUGGGAAGGAGUCGGAAAGGAGAGGAACAACUAUGUCUAUGCAUUUACAAGUAAGAGAAAAUAAGUUACGUCUGAUAUCCAAUACUACUUUGAGUAAAAAAUUUGAGAGGAGGCCUCGAAAGCUGGCGAAUUGUUGCAGGGUUCUUAAGGUGCAAUACCAAGGAGGAAAACAAGGUUAAAAUGUGAAACAGCUUCUCAAGGCUGCUGGUCAAAUGAAGGGUCGGUAAAGAGGUCUGCAGUUAAACCGACAGGUGUCUUUCCCAAAGGGGUCCUUCCAGCCCUUAAAAGUGCAUAUCCUACGAACGUCACAACUGAACGUUUACACAGAGCCUGAAGAAGGAAAGUUAAUCUUAAUAUUUUUCUAUCAAAACACGUUGAUCCUAAAAUUGUUCAAGAGGAAUCCCUGACCAGCACUACUGGCCUCCACCAUGCACCCAAUACCCGCCUAUCGAGUCUUUUUCUCACUGUAUCGUGCCUAAGGUCGAAUUCCUCACGUUGCACACAUAUUUUCUAUCUUGAACUUAAUACGUAUAACAUUUGACGAAAUUUAAAUAACACCGCGAAAAUGAUUAGCGACAUACAUCUGCUGUUUUUCUUUCUUCUUUGAAGGAUAGUUGUUUGUCAUUUCGUGUUAGCUGAUUAAACCCAUUAUUUACAAUUUACAGACUUAGCAUCCAUGCCGUUGGUGCACUGCAUCUUCACCGUAUCCAAUCAACCAGUACAAGAGGACAAAUGCCCCGUGCCAAAACCUGACCCAAAAAUGAAACUGUGCACUGACGUAUGCAAGUCUUGA